GAUCGGCGGGUUGCCCCACGUACGCCCCCAGGGAGGGUCCGGGCCCCGCGUUGGGGAGGAAGAGGGAGGCUGAGUCUACCUUUACCGGGGGUCCCGCCUCUGCGUUCCGCGGCACCGCAGCUGGUACUCUUACUGCGCCAGUUUGAACAUCGCCUUCCCGUUGCCUUGGCGCAGCUGUAGCUUUCCAGAGUGCCGCCGGAGCCGGAGCCGGAGCCCCUCGGACUACAGGUAGGAGAACUCAGCUGUUAGGGCACUCUGCAGCCCGGGAGUCGGUGACACCUGUCGUGGGAAGCCAGUCGACACGCCCGGGAUGGUGGAGACCAGAGAUUUGGCGCAGCUGCGGCAGCUCAACCUGGAGCUCCUGAGGCAGCUGUGGGUUGGGCAGGAUGCUGUGCGGCAGUCUGUGGCCAAGGCAGCCUCCGAGUCGGGCCUGGACUCCAGCAGCAUCUACGACUUAAAGAUGCCAUCAUCCCGAGAGACGUCCUCAGUGGCCUCAAGAGGUUCCUGCCCACAGGAUCCCCACCAAAGUGACCCCUGUGAUAAGUCCUGGCCUGGUGGGGCCAGCUCCAGGGUGAUCUCUCUCCCAUCUGCCAAGUGCCUACACCAGGAGUCCCCAGGCCCACUGAGGCCCCACUCAGCUCCCUUGCUGGCCACCUCAGACUUGAACGACCCAGAGCUUUCAGCUGAGCUGGACAGUCUAGAAACCCAGGAGGCAGAGGCCCUGAGGUUCAUCCUGGCUGAACAGAGCAAGCUGUCCGAGCCGAAAGCGACCAGCAAGGAGUCUCCAGUGCCUGAGAAGAGCUGGCGCCUCAGACCGUACCUGGGCUACGACUGGAUCGCAGGGUCUCUGGACAACAGCUCUCCCAUAACCAGCAAGCCCGAGGCCUUCUUCUCGAAGCUGCAGAAGUUCCGGGAAGCCAACAAGGAGGAGUGUAUUUGCAGUGACCCCGAACCGCAGUUCCUGAGCCUGCAGGAGGGUGGUGCUGUGGAGCAGGACCACGAAUGCGUGUAUUGUUACCGUGUCAACCGGCGCCUGUUUCUGGUGCCUUCGGAUCCUGGCACUCCCUGCCGCCUGUGCAGGACACCACGGGGCCAGCGGGGACCGGAGACCCUGGCGGAGCCAGCGCAGGUCAGGGUGAGCAUCCCACUGUCUGUCCUGGAGCCCCCGCACCGGUACCGCAUCCACCGGCGGAAGAGCUUCGAUGCCUCUGACACUCUGGCGCUGCCCCGGCACUGCCUGCUGGGCUGGGACAUUCUCCCUCCGAAGUCUGAGAAAAGCUCAGCCCUCAAGAGCCUGGACCUCUGGUCCAGUGUCUCCUCCAAGGCCCAGCACUGGAAGCUCUCAGCCACUGGCCCUUCCUGCAUGGCCAUGCCAACACGGGUCCAACCCCCCACCCCGAUCUGGUCAGAACCCUCAGUGCCCCAGCCCCGUGCCCCCCAGCCGAAGCCCUGAGGACUGGCCACUUGGAGGCGGACCGUGCCCCUGACAUCGUUUCAGCCCCUCCCCUGUGCAGGGGCACCCAUGAGAGAGGAGAGCCCUGCCCAGCCUCAUCUGGAGGCGGACUCAGGCCCUGGGCUGGGCUGGUGCGUGGGCCCAGGACUGUCUCCUUCCUGGGGACAGAGAAGGAGACCCUGGGGUUGGGGUGAGGGGAUUCUGUGACAUGUUUGUAAAUAAAGCUCAGUGCU